AACUGACGUGGACGUCUUUACUCAGAUACAUCCCGAAACAAACACACAGACGCACCGAAACAAAACAAAACAGAACAGGACAUAUUCUAGGUAGCUGGAUCUUUCUUUCUUUCUCACACAUAAACCAAACAGACCAACUGAAUUAUGUAAAUUGAUCCGAUGAAGGAUUUUCGAGUUAUUUAGCCAUUCCAGUUCCAGUUACAGAUACAAGAUUUUAUUUUAAUGUUGCAUUAGCAACAAGAGUACAAGCAAGUUGUACGUAUAAGAAGAUGCAACCUAUUUGGCACAUUCAGUUCUUUGAAGAUCAAUCUUCGCAGGUUGAAAAUAAUUCUUGUGGUCAGAAGACAGGCGUUCUUUCCUAGAAAUAUUGUUUGCAUGAUUUCGUGAGUUGCAAGAUAUAUUAUAAUGGGAGACUUGUUUCGUAAUCAUGUUCCUUCCACGAGCUAUGAGGCAGCACAAUCCACGACCAGCAGAAAGGAUUCCAAAUUAACUUUGGUUGCUUCUGGCUCCAAGCUUCUGUCCCACGCAUCCUCAAAGCAAAUACCUUUAUUUAACAAUAUGAAACUCAGACAGCUACCUGCGAACGAUAUGGCAUUGUUUUUACUGAAAGUUGGUUGGUUGGAGAUGGUAAGGAGAUUGUCAAAAGCCAAGUGCCCUUUUGUCUGGUCUGGUCUGCAGGCUUUACAAGUUUUCUGCUAUCCACCGUUGAAGUGGCUCCAAAGAUGGGCCCCUUUCAGGAAUUUGAUUAAAGGGGCACAGAUAAUGUCAAGGCCAUUGCUAGUGCUCUCUAUUGCGACAGCUCUCUAUGAUCAGUCAGGACAAAACAAUCUUGACUCGGUAGACAUAGAAAAUUCAGAUAGAAGAAACGAUUGUAAUGACGUUCCUGGAUCACUUCCCGAAUUGUCUUCUUCACAGUCUACUGUUGAUGUAAGGGUCGAUGAUGAAGCUUUGUCACAUCAACCAUGUAGAACUUGGCUGCUAGAUCUAUAUAGAGAGCUUGACAACCAGGGUGUUCGUUUAUCAGAAAGAAUAAACGAAGAUGAGCUUUCUAGAUUCCAUUCUGCCGCAAACGGUGAUUUUUCGUGUUUAGUCACAUUAGUCAAGAAGUCAAUACGUUGGAGGGAGACUUACAGAUUUCUCUCAGAAGAUGAUCUUGAGAUGUGGUCAAAUAUGGUAUUCUGGCAUGGAUUUGAUGUUAAGAACCGCCCAUGUCUUUUCAUUCGCCUUGUUGCUUGCAUCAGGUUGCCACCUAGUGAAAGACCUCGCUUUGCACAAGCAAUUGUAUCUCAAGUAGAACACGGAAUCCUAAAUCUAGUAGAUGCUGAAAAUCCUCAAGUCACGGUAUUGGUGGAUUGCGAAGGAUUGUCUAUACGAUUUCCCAUGCAACUACUUAGAUCCUGUGCAGCUACUCUGCAAGAAAACUAUCCAAAUCGUCUAGGCUGUUUGUUUAUCAUCCGGCUUCCUUCAGUUGGCAGAGUUAUUGCACAGACCUUCAUUCAAGUUCUUAAACCCACAACCCGACAAAAACUUAAAAUAGUAGGGCAGGUGUACAAAAAUGCCCUCUCAGAGUACCUCCAAACAUUCCCAUCAUAUCUUGGUGGAGAAUGUGCGUGCUCAAAAUGUGUAAAGCUUAGCAGUUCUCAUCCACAGCUUCCUCAAUUUGACGAACUUACGAGCAAUAGAGGUGCAAAUGCAGAUACAGAGAACACUGAGCGGCUUCAGAGAUAUGGUCCAAGUUACGAGUAUGGCAAUGAAAAUGAAGAUUGUUUCAAGGUAUUGAGAUCUGCUGUGAUCGGCAUUCUCAUGGUCUGGGCAUUGAUUGCUCUUAUAGCUGGAAUAAUUGAUCCUGAAAGUCGUCCCAGUUUACCUCACUUAGAUAUGAGUUAAUAAUGCAUUUCAUAUUUAUUAUGCCGUCCUUAUUAUGUGCUUCUGUAUACAACCGAAUACCCUGACAAGUUUAUCUUUUCAAACAAAUGUGCACAACUUAUGUAUAUCUGAACUACCUUAUACAUAUUUUCCCAAGUAAAAUAUGAACAAUCAGUUGCAGCACAUGUUCUUAAUUA